GGGACCGUGAAUUCUGAAUUUUUGACAUAGGAAAUGUCAAAUGAAGUUUAGGAAAUAUGAAAAAGAUUAAAUAAAUGAAAGCAAAUAAUAGCAAACGUAAAUUAAUUUCUAAAUAACUAUUUUGUAACUAUUCACUCCUCUAAAUAGGUAUUAUAUCAAAUAUAAUAGAGCGAUGGGGAAAGAAAAGUCGAAUUCAAAGAAAAAAAGAAGAUGUUCAUCGGACGACAGUUCUAGCAGUUCUGAUUCGAGCCAAGAAAAGAAAAAGCUACGUAAAUUAAAGAAGAAAUUAAAAAAAGAAAAGAAGAAAACCGAGAAAGCUCUUAAGAAAAAAUUAAAAGAGGAAAUUAAGAAAUUAAAAAAGACACGAAGCUCAAGCCGCAGUCUAGAUGAUGUUUCAAAAGACGACUCUACCACCGAUAUUCCAAUAGAACUUAUGGAAAAGUCGAAAGCCAUGGCACCAAUGACCAAAGAAGAAUGGGAGAAGAGGCAAAGCGUUGUAAGGAGAGUUCUAGAUGAAGAGACUGGGAGAUACAGAUUAAUAAAAGGAGAUGGGGAGGUGCUGGAAGAGAUUGUAUCGCGGGAUAGACACAAACAAAUCAACAGAGAGGCAACUAUUGCUGAUGGAAACUUCUUCCAGUCACAAACUGUUGAAAAACAUCGAUUUAAGUAAUGUUUUGUGGCAUAUUGGUACUUAUUAGUCCUAUUUUGGUGGGUAUCCUAUAGAAAUUAGAUUCUUAAAAGGCAGGUAGGGAAUUUAAAGGCUUUUUUUUAUCUCUUCUAGGUGAGAUGUUAGUAAGGCUCAUUAUUGUACUUAUGAACAUAUGUUCUGAAUUUUUGGAUAUAUAAUAUAAUAUUGGUAGGUAUUGCAACUUAUAAUACAAAAUUUAUAAUUUUGUUGACAAUUUAAAUUAUAAAGAUCAAAAAGAUUACUUAUUCUAGAAUUUUCAUAUUCUACUGUAGUGAAAUGUUGCCUUAAAACAUGAUUUGGGAACCAAAGUGAUAUAACCCAUUCAUAAAUAAAAGACAUAAUAUUGAAAUUUUCUAAUGAGUCAUGAAUAGUUCUGAGUUCUGACUUCUGUCCCAAAUGCAACUGAUGAAGGGAAAAAUGUUACAUUUGUUAUUAGCAUGUGUUCAAUUGUUUUGCUCACAGUAUCUUUUUAGAGAUUGAGAAUAAUUGUCUAUUUCUCCAUUGCAUUUGAAUCUUUUAAGUGCAAAUAUAAGAAUACAAUAAUGCAAAGACUAUUUCUAGUUAAAAUAUAAACAAGGAUGCAUGUAAUGCCCUUAAAAAUAUAUAAAUACAAAAGAAUCUUAUACCCUGAAAUUCCCUUUCCCAAAAUGUUCUGAAGAUGGUUAGAGAUUUUAAAUGCUAGUAAGUAUUUAUUAAUACUCUUUGUAGUAUAAGCCUUAAAAAGGGAACUUAUGAUAUUGACAAGUUAUACCAGGUGAAAGGUAAGACGUUAGACGAAUUUAGACAGGAGCUUCUACUCAUGAAACUGAACAACUUUUGUUCUACAACUUUGCUGAAUUCGUAAAAAAAAUUGGACUUUGUAAGGAAACUUCGCUAAUCAGCUGACCGAUUUCCAUACAAAGUCCAAAUUUUUUUCUACGAAUUCAGCAACAAAAGUUAUUCAGUUUCAUGAGAAGAAGCUCCUGUCAAAUGCGUCUGACGUCUUACCAUUCACCCUGUAUAUUUUUAGUCAACUUCCAAUGCAUUUUAAUUCAUUUUGACCUGAUAGUAUUAGAUUGCAUUAAGAAAUAAUCUAUGACCAUAAAGUUAGGUGUCACUGCUUUUAUAUAUAGAAUAAAGCACAAAGAAUUGUUUAUUCUUGAAUAAAUAAAAUAUUCCUUCAUUA